CGGUGACUGUGACGAGGGCCCUUCUUUUCUCUCUGGGCGCUCGGGGAGUGGGUGGUGUUUUGGAGCAUCUGAAACCCCUGGGCUGGAUGUAGCUCCCUCUCUGUGGCUGAUCAGGUUGUGUUUUCCACCUGGGAAGGCUGCUGGGCACUGCUCGUGCUUCCGGUGCCAGCUGGGUCCCGGCGAUCUGGCCAGCCCACGGUCUGUGGAUACUCGUGGCAACUGGUGGGAGCGCCUUCGGUGCUGCGGGGGCUGGGUCCAUGUCAGGCUGGUGGCUGGUGCAUGGGCACAGCAUCCCCAAAGCCCAGCUCCUGGCUGUUGGGUUUGACUGGCUCAGCACAGGUCCUCAGUCUGUGAGUGCUGCAGGGCAGGGACUCCUCGGGGUGGAGGGGGGAGAACAGAGCUCUUCUCUACUUGAGAACCUGGGAUCCCUGCUGUCCUCCAGGGGAAGGGGAGUGAAGGCUGCAGGAUGGGCAGAGGCCUCUCUUGCCCUCUGAGCUCUGGCUGCAGGGGUUUGAUCAUCUCUGUUUCUGGGGACUUUCCCUGCUGGCUCCCAACCAGCAGGAUCCGUUCUGUUUGGGCUCAGGGCAGUCGGCUGCUCCUCCCCACCCACCUGUAGCUUGUUACUUAAGGCUGCACUUAAAGCAGCUGUUGAUCCAGCUUGAUUAACUCUGGGGCUCCGCCCGCUCCUGGUUCUAUAACCAGCCUUCUGAGACACGAGGGCACUGGCUGACAGCAGCUGGCAGAGGCUGGUGGAGGUGCAGUCCCUGCUGCUGGAGUGAUGCCCACCUUCCAGUUCUUGCCCUUCGCGGCCCUGCUGGGCACCCUGGGGUUCCUGUGUGUGGUGUUCACAGGGUUCUGGUCCCACCAUUGGCGCGGAGGUUUCGCCUGGGAUGGCUCCGCCAAGUUGUUUAACUGGCACCCGGUCUUCAUGGUGACGGGCAUGCUGGUGCUGUAUGGGGCAGCAGUGCUGGUGUACCGGGUGCCCAGCUCCUGGGAGGGCAGGAAGCUCCCGUGGAAGCUGCUGCACGCGGCGCUGACCCUGACAGCCUUUGUCCUGGUCGUGCUGGGGCUCGUCGCCGUCUUCAGGUUCCACAAUGCCAAGGGCACCCCCAACAUGUACUCGCUGCACAGCUGGCUGGGGCUGACGGCUGUGCUGUUCUUCUCUUGCCAGUGGCUCAUGGGGUUCGCUGCCUUCCUGUUACCCUGGUCCCCUGCCUGGCUGCGGAUCAUCUACAAGCCCAUUCAUGUCUUCUUUGGCUCCACCAUCCUCACGCUGGCCAUGGCAGCAUCCAUCUCCGGCAUCAACGAGAAGCUCUUCUUCAGUCUGACGAACAAGACGGUUCCCUACGCCAGACUCCCCCCUGAGGCCUGGUUUGCCAAUUUUCUGGGGAUGCUGAUCUUGGUCUUUGGGUUGCUGGUGCUGUGGGCUCUCGCCACGCCGGCCUGGAAGCGCCCAGAGUCAGAGUCGCUGGGGGCCCAACAGCCCCUGUUCCAUUAGGACAAGUGAAGCAGCCGCCCGGAAGAGGAGCUGCUGCCCAGACUCUCCGGCGAGAAGGGCAGCUCGGUGCUCCUGCUGUUGGCACUAAGCCGUCUCUGGAGCCUGGCCAGCGCGGAACGGAGGGGAGGAGGCACUCUCCGUGCUCCCUCUCCACCCGGCUGCUCUCGUCACUCCCCUGCCUUCUGCUCUGGGUUCCUGCACGUGCUGCUGCUUCCUGGGAUUCACCAGGCAGCCCUGGCCCCUCUUGCCAUUGUGCUGCUGUGCCUUAGGGGCCCUGGCUGACACUCCGGCCUAGAUCAAGUGGCCUGAACUAAAAUAAAAGCCUGCUUCGUGGCGCUUGCCCUGGCACCGGCUCUGCAGGAGGGAGGCGGGUUGUGUGUAAGGAGCCUGUGUUGGCCGCUCAGCUGUAGCAGCGUGCAUGUGCCCGGGGCAUUAACGUGCCAAGCUCCAGCCAGCUUCCCUUUCCCAAUGCCUGCCUAGCUCUGCCACCCACUUCUGCUCUCUGGUGCUGUACCCUGCAAGUCUGGGAGAGCCUCUGCUGGCGCUCAGAGCAUUUGCUCUCCAUGAGGUUUGCUUCCAGCCCUGGUCAUACUCCCUCUCCCUUCCUGGGGAGCUGUUGUCCCAGCUCUUUGAGUGGAGGAAGCAGUUACAUUUCCUCCUGCCAGGAGAGGGCUUCAGAGCAGGAAGCUGUUGUCCGUGCAUUGCUGUGAUGUUCGGGUGGGCCAGGGAGUCUGGCUGCAGUGCCCCUGACUGCCCUGGGGAUGCUAAGGUGGGAGGAGCUGUCUGGGACCAUGCUGUUCACUCCUCUGCCCCUCCUUUGCUCAGGAUCUACAGAUAAACUCUGUACUGAGCUUCUCUGACUAGUAGAACAGCCCAGGCUCAGAAUCCACUCACCUGCAGCUCUCCGUUUGGAUCUAGGCUGUAUUGCCGUCUGUGGGGCUGUAGCACAGCUCUGCCGUGCAUGGUCCUACACCCAGGCUGCCUUUCCUACCUCACCUGGGGUGUCUGACUCUGGCCUCAGUAGCACUGAGAGCUACCCCAGCAAGAAUUUCUAAGUGCUUGGGCCUGGAGGCUCUCUAAUGCCUGGCCCAUUCACAGUCUUCAUGGCUGGACUCUCCCAGGUCCCAGCUCAGCAUGGGCAGGCACCACGAGCUGUAUCUCCUCCCAGUGCCUAGGUGCUACCAUUGGCAUGGUGUGAUUUGGGGGCUGCACAAUGGACACUCACUGCUCUGUUGCCUGACCCAGCCAGCACUUAUGACAAUGGACUCGUAGCUUAUGCAUCCUUUGGUGGCAUCUGCCACUAGCUGCUCAGAAGCUUUGAGACAAGAUACUGUCCAUUCUGGGCACUGAAUCUGUCAGGGGUGCUGAGGGGUCCCCACGAAGCAGAUACUUCACUCUGGUUUAAGGAUUCAUGUACAGGAUUAGGGCUAAAUUGUUCACCAGGUCUAGAGCCAGGUAUUAAUCCCUCCCAUCCCCAUAUGGUGUAACAGGUAGGGACAUUGUGGGGAGGGUUCAGUGCCCAAGAGAAGGCAGACAGGGAGUAUGGAUGACUCAAUGGGGAAUAUUUCCCCAUGACUGAUUGCAGGGGAGCGGGACAGGUGGCCCUUCCUGUCCUCUAUGGCUAUGAGUUCUUCUCGGGGCGUGUGCUCUUGCGAUAAAUUGGGAGUGAGCCCACGUGGCUCAAACUGAGAUUGUAGGAAGAUACUAGAGGCUUCAUUAGAAGUGUUUCCAGAGAGAGGUAAUUAAAUGUAUUUGUUGUAUGUGAGAAGCUGCCUUCCCAGCCCAGGGGGUUUGACAGCAUUCACACAGAGGCUCAGUACACCCUUCUGGAGAGGUGGAAUGCAGCUGCAGCUGGUUGGAAUUUGAGUUUUCUGUCCCCAGGGAAAUUCUCAGACUUCCAAAUCUCUGGUUUUUUCCUGAGCUGGGAUGCUAAAUUGGUGGCGGGACCCUGUGUGACACACAGCACAGUGAGGAUUUCAGUUUGACUGUCUCAACACCUUUUGUUUCAAUGGGGCAAUGCUUCAAUUUGGCUUGUUACCUAGAAUAGUGAAACGUCUGACAGGGAUGAUUUCUCCCAGAUGUCCAGCUAACUCCAGGCAUUCCCCAAAAUGCUUUGAAUUUUUUCCAUCCGAAAGAGCUGAUUGACAUGGUUUGUGGAAAAUGUCCAACCAGCUCUGUAGACAACCUUGAAAAAAUCUGGUGGCCCUGGGCAGAAGGGGAAAAAAGGAGGCCAAAGCAGACAGUGGGAGCAAUUGGAGCAGCUAUUCCUGUACCCAGGAGAGGCAGAGUGCAAUCCAGCAUCAUCCCAUUGAGUACUGGGGCUUACGGGAAUGAACUAGAGUGACCGUUGCAAAGAUAGCUCAUGGGAUAUAGCCUGGACAUCUACCUAACUCCAGGGAGGGGAGCUGGCUGCUGGGUCCUUGCUAAUAGAGUUCAUAACUUAAAGCUCCAAGCUGGGACGUGUAUUUCCAGCCUGCUGUGUGUGUGUGUCUCUCUCAUAAGCUUGGCUGAAGUGUGUGGCUUCUCCAGGGCUUUGUUUCCUAUCUCUAGCAUUAGCCAUAUUAAUAGCUGGGGUACUUCUGAUGUCUUGCUGGGAACCUGAAUAGGCUAUUCUGAAAUGUUGAGGCCUCGGUGGCGGUACUAUCCUUUGUUUAAUAAAUGGUAUCCUUUUGGAAUUGGAGUCAAGGGGGUGUCUACUUGGAGGAGAGGUGGAAACAGCCUCCUAAAAACCAGCUGUUGCUCAAUUUGCUUAGUGCUGGGAGUAACCAGCUGGAGUGCAGCAAAGGCAAGAGGGAGGUUGGCCUUUCAGGUACAUUUCCCCCAGCGAGCUCGAGCAGUCUAGGAGCAAGGACACCCUUACUGAUCCGGCUCAUCAGAGCGAGGCAGGACAAAGAGCCUAGCAGUGCAGGCUGCCAGGGUAAAGAUACCCCUUUUAGCCAUUCAACUCCAUAAACUGGCUGGUGCCAGCAGGGUGCUCUGAUCUGUUGGCUUGAUGAAUUAGCCCUUUGCCUCAAAUGCCCUGCGCUCGUCUGCAAACUUUGUUCCAGGAGAGAGGAAGGGUGUGUGUGUGUGUAUUGCAGCCCUGCCCAGAGCUGGAUUUCCUUGUUGCUUUAAUUCCAGCACAUUGGUUGCUCGCUUUCCCCUGUGCUAGUUACCUGGGCUCAUGUCUCAAACCCCCUCCCACCCCCAGCAAUGCUGCCAUGUCAUGGCUUAGCUGGAGCUAUGAAUUGUGCCAGCAGCCAGAAGAACUGUUUCUGGCAGGUAAAAGCUAGUCUCCCUUCUGUGCUGACCCAGGAAAAGGAUAAUCUCCCUGCCGCUCCUAGGUCCCUUUCAGCCUAGUUCUAGACUCUGGUCAGCUCCAACCCUUCCCCCUGCUGGUGCAGUGUUUGCCUGUGGCAUCAUCCAGCUGGUCCCUCCAUGUGCUGGGCCCUUGCUGGUCCAUGGUCCAGGAAGCAGCCCUUGCCUGGUUGGAUUCACAACAAUGCACACCACACACUGGCAGCACUUCGCCCUGUUUCAUGAUCCCCUAGCAGCCUGCAAGCCUUGCCUGCUGGGUGGGUGUGUAGGUGGGGUGGAGGGGAGAUAGCCCUUGGCAUGGGGCAAUCCUCCAGAAGCGCUAUGUGGCCUGUGCAGCUGGGCUGAUGCCAGCUCCUGCUCUCCCAGGGCACACUGGCUGAGCAGGUUUCUCCUGUGGCAGGUUUCACGGUGGUACAUUGGGCUGGAAUAACCAGCUCAGGAUCUGUGGAAUGAGACCUAUGCCUGGCCUCAGUACUUCUUCCCCCUUGCCCUUGAUUCACGUGACAGAGAUAGGGAAGUCCCCUGCUCCAGGCCCUCUAUCUCAGGGGGCUGGCCCCUUAAAUGAAGGUCCAAUAUCCUUGAAGACUAAAGAGGUGCAGCCUGCUGAAGGAUGGAGCAACACCUGCUCAGGACUAUAUCUAGGGAGGAUAAGGGCCCCUCUGCACAAAGCUAGGCCCUGCAGGGCAGGAAUAAACAGUACCGAGCUGUGGGGAGCAGUGUGAUCCCUUCAGCAGGGUAAAGCUAGGGAGGGCAGAGGCAUGGAGUUAAAGUAACCAUAAGCCUGAAGAGAGGGCAGGUGCUAACUAGUUUUGAGGCGGUGCAAAGCCUGAAACACAUGGUGUAACAGGCUGGGGCUGAGGAAUAAACAAAACCCCAGCAAAAGAGCUGUUAUGAAGCAUAAAAUGUUUGCAUAGUAGCCAUGAAGGGUCGACAGGGAGUGGAGUCAGAUUCAUAGAUUAAGUCAGAAGGGACCAUUAUGAUCAUCUAGUCUGACCUCCUGCACAACACAUGUCAUGGUGGGGAGCAAUGAGCUCCCCAGUCACCUACCCCUGCCAGGGCAAGACUGACCCUGUGUGCUCCUCUGCAGGGACUGCACUCAGCUAGUGUAGGGAGUUGGCUUCCACAGCCCACUGGAUCUCCCUACAAAGCUGAGACACGGCCUCAUUCUGCUCUUUCAUCCCAGUGCUUCCUACUCGCAGCCCCUGCCCCCUCCUCUCUACCCAGCCCCAGGAUAUGCAGAGACCCCCCCCAUACCUUGCCCCCCUCCACAUCCCUCCCCAGACCUGCUGAGUUGCUGUCCUGAGAAUUCAUAGCCCUGACAUGCCAGGGGAACUCCCGCACAGCCCAGGCAGUGCUGAACAAAUACACAGGGGAGCCUGGCUCUCUGCCCGACAGGAAGGGGGAAUUGAAGAGUGGGGCAGGGUCCCCACCCCAGGAGCAGUCUGAAGGCACAGAGAGAGGAGACCCCUGCUAGGAGGAGGUGGAGAACACACAAAGAUCCCUCCUCAGUACUACCUCACCCAAAAGCUGCAGGGGGAGAGCAGGAAGAGCUCAAGCCCGUUCACCAUCAGGUGGCAGAAGCCUGUGCUGUGCUUACAGUGAAGUAGCCGUUACAGCUGCUGGAGCAUGUGCAUGUGGCCCCAGCAACCCUUAGCCAAGCUCAGACAGAUGUAAAUCUUUCCAUGUGCCACCCCUUCCUCCCAUCUGUCACCAGCUUCCUGGUAACAAGGGGCCCUGUGCGCCCUAGGCAGGGUCUUGCCACAGCUCAACUAUGGCUCUCUGUGCCACGGUUGGGGAGGCAGAUGAGCACAGCCCCACAACCAAUGGCUUUCCUGUGCUCCACUGGAAACUCUGCUGCUCAGUUCAGUGGUUGCCCUGUCCCCUCUUGCUGUAGCACAGGGCCCUGGUAAUUGGGCACUGUCAUAACCAUACAGCUAAGGGUAGCCUAGAAUUCCUCCUUACCUGUAAGGGGUUAAGAAGCUCAAAUAACCUGGUUGGCACCUGACCAAAAGGACCAAUGGGGAAAGAAGAUUCUUUCAAAGGGGGCGGGAUGGGGGAGGCUUUGUUUGUGUGUUCCCUGGGGAAGCAGAGCAGCAUCAGGUCAGAAAACUCCUUCUCCUAAAAUGAGUCUCAAUAUUGCAAAAAGAGUAAGUAAAUAAGGCAAGGCUCGUUAGGUUAUCUUUUGUUUUUAGCUUGUGAAUUUUCCCUGUGCUAAGAGGGAGGUUUAUCCUUGAUUUUUUUGUAACUUUAAAGUUUUGCCUAGAGGGCAAUCCUCUGUGUUUUGAAUCUGAUUAUCCUGUAAAGUUACCUUCCAUCUUGAUUUUACAGAGGUGCUUCUUUUACUUUUUUUUCCUUAUAAUAAAGUUCUGUUUAUUAAGA